AUGCUCUUUGAGGAUCCGGGUAUCAACGCAAACGCCAAGGACCACGAUGGGCGGACGCCACUACACGAUGCUGCCGGGGGCAGUCAUGCCAGUACUGUGAAGCUGCUAGUCAAGUUGGGAGCCAACACGGACGCAAAAGACUCGAGUGGACGGACGCCACUGCACGGUGCUUCGGGGGGCGGUCAUGCAGAUACCGUAAACCUGCUUGUCGACCUAGGUGCUCAUACGGACGCUGUUGACCAGGAUGGGCAGACACCAUUA